UUUUAUUUUCUACUCAGCUGUUUCCUUUGUUUUCACUUAAAUCGCUAUUUUUUGCUUGGUGCUCGGUGUGAAUUUGUGUGUAUUACGUCGAAUUAAGAAACUGAAUUUAUUUUUACUUUUAUUUACCUCGAUUCAAAAAGUUUUUUCAUAAUCAAACAAUUGUACUGAUAACAGCCUUUUACGACGCCAGACAUUAGAAACUAUACUCAAGCGCACAAACGAAAUAAAAAAUUAGAUAAAAGAAACGAAGUUCAGGGGCAUAGGAGCCUCUCUAGAAAACAACAAUAACAAGUUGAAUAAACAACUUAAGGUGUGCCAAUUGUGAAAAGUUAUAAAAACGUAAAAACAUUUUUGUGCUAAUAUUUAGUGAGUUAAAAAAAAAUCCCCUCUGGCACUAAAGAAAACUUGCAGUGUUAAAAUGUUGGACUUAGAGAUUGUACCCGAGUUGUCCCUUGGUUGUGAUGCGUGGGAAUUUGUCCUUGGAAUGCACUUUUCACAAGCAAUAUCAAUCAUUCAAUCACAAGUGGGCAUCAUUAAAGGUGUGCAAGUACUUUAUUCAGAAACAAAUCCAUUGGGUGUGGACAUUAUUAUAAACUUACCCCAAGAUGGUGUUCGCUUAAUUUUCGAUCCUGUUAUACAACGUUUAAAAACUAUCGAAGUGUUCAACAUGAAACUGGUUAAACUGAAGUACGGAGGAGUACACUUCAAUUCCCCAGAGGUACUACCAUCCAUUGAACAAAUCGAGCAUUCCUUUGGGGCUACACAUCCUGGUGUAUAUGAUGCAGCAAAACAAUUAUUUGCACUACAUUUUCGUGGAUUGAGCUUCUUUUUUCCGGUGGACAGCAAAUUGCAAGAAGGAUACGCACAUGGUUUAGGGUCUUUAAUAUUUUUAAGUGGCGCAUCACCAGUAGUUUCGAAAAUGUCACUAUACUCCGGGAGCAAUGUUUCUGAGACGCGGGCUCCACCUCUUCCACUCUCUUGUUACCAUCGACAGAUCUAUUUAGACUCGGCCAAAGUGUUGCGCUCUGAAAAUGGUUAUACUCAAGGAUUAAAGUUACAGCUAUUUACGGAGGGUUCUAGUCGAGCUUUAGAACAUCGUCGACUAUGUUUCACCAGAGAAAUUCUAUUUGGCGACAGUUGUCAAGAUGUAGCUAUGAAGCUGGGUGCACCGAAUCGAAUUUUCUUUAAAAGUGAAGAUAAAAUGAAAAUACACUCCUCAAAUGUAAACCGACAGGCACAGAAUAAACGUAGCGAUACAUUCUUUAAUUAUUUUACCCUUGGUAUUGAUGUAUUGUUCGAUGCACGUACUCAAACUUGUAAGAAGUUUGUAUUGCACACAAAUUAUCCGGGACAUUUCAAUUUCAAUAUGUAUCAUCGUUGUGAAUUCAAAUUUAAUUUGAAACGUGAGGAUGAACUUUCAAAUAAUUAUGAAAAAACAAUCUCCGAAGACAUUGAAAUCACUGCUUACGCAAAGUGGGACGAAAUUAGUGCGGUAGUCCCUUCAGCUCGUCCGGUGGUACUCCAUCGCGCUAGCUCUACAAACACUGCCAACCCUUUCGGAGCAACUUUCUGUUACGGCUAUCAGGAUAUAAUAUUUGAGGUCAUGACAAACAACCAUAUUGCCUCAAUCACUUUGUACCGCACUAUUCCACCGGUUAAGCAAACGGAGCAGUCUUACCAUCAGCAGCACAAAAUGCAGGACAUAAGUUUAACUGUUGCGUGAAAAGACACAGAACCCCAAGCAGUCGUUGACAAGAACUUACAAACCGUAACAGUUCAUCAGACUAAUAAAUACUUUUAAAAAUAAAUCUUUGGUAACGGAAAGAUUUUAUGCUUAAGUAACUGUAUUGUACGAGAGACCAUUUAUGUUAAAAAAAAAACAUACAUACAUAUAUAUACAUAUAUGACACAAAAUUAACACUGUUACCUUUGUUUUGCAAUUCUCAAGAACACUCAAAUAUUAAUAAUAGCACAUCCAUACAUAUUUAGCCGAAUUAGGGCAAAAUUAUUAUAAAUUUGACAAUGUUUUUUUUUUUUUUUUUAAUUAAGAGUUGUUUUUUUUUAAUCCAAAUCUAAUAGAUAAAUUAUAUAAUUACCGAUUAAGUUCCGUGAAAAGGGCGAUUUUCUGCAAAUACACACACAAAUAUAUGCAGUUUUUUUCUAUGCCCUAAUAUGAUACAGUUAUAAUUUAUGUAUUGUGAACGCUUACCGCCUGAAAUCUGUCAAUGUUUAUUGAAAUUAUACACAUAGUUAUAAACAUACAUAAUAAAUAAGUAAAUGUUUGAAUAACAAUAAUAAAAUUUAAUUAAAUUACAGUUUGACAACGUAGUAUAUAAGUUUACAAACAAAUAAUAGUACGUAUACAUAAAAUAUACAAACAGCUAUAUUUAGCUUUAAUUAGCUAACUAUAUACUAGUGCUGUUCGGCUGAGUAGUCAUUGAAGCCAGAUCUUAAAAGUGUUUACAUUUUUUAAAUGAUUACAUUGAGUUUCUACAAUAUUAUAUUAAUUAUACUUGCACAUUUUUAUUCCG